AGAUAUUACUACAUUAAUUGAUCCUAUAAAUAUUAUUGCGAUUCUUUGCAUUGUCUUUGGUUUUAUAAUCGUAGCCAUCGAAAUACCCGUCUUCCCCUUCAAGGGUACUUUUAUAGCAACAUCUUUUAUCCCACGAAUCAUACUAUACUUACUCAUUAGUGGCGUUUCUAUCUUAAAUUAUCAAAAUGUCAAUCCCGCUUUAUAUUUAACCAUCGCUGCUAUUAUGUAUAUUGCUGCAGCGAGAGGUGGUGAAGGAAGGCAUAGAAUUAAACAAGAUGAUUCAAGAAGAAAAAUAGUA